CGUUGUAGUAUAUUUGGUCCGACUGGUCUCUAUCUCGAUCAUUUCAGUUGCAAGUUUGACUUCCAGGACGUUUAGAAAGAAACCACAGCCUGUCCUACCAUAAUGGAAGCCUCUGCUAUUAGACUUAGUAUUGGCUUGGUGGUCAUCCUUGUUGUUGGAUCAGAGGCGAUGAACUAUUUGGCUUUCCCAAGGAUGGGCCGUUCACUUCUUCAGUUUCGCAGUAAAGAUGGACUUCCGUUUCCCAUGCCCCGGAAACGAUUGCAAUCGGAUGGUCGAUCGGGUUAUUUAGCAUUCCCUAGAAUGGGACGGGCGGGCCAACAGACCGCAGGAAGUGACGAAUGUUGCACGAUGGGACUAAAAAACGAGUGGGUCGUUGGCGACGACGGGAAGGCGGAAGUGAGGAAUAUAUGUCAAGCCGGAAAGGUCUGCUGCUCUGGAUUGAAAGAAACAGUUGACAGGAAAUUUGACGACGGAGUUUUUUAUUCUAUGUGUUUGCCAGAGUGUUACAAACCCCAGACAGUGAAUAAAAGUGUUCUGGGAAAACUGAAACGCUUAUUACAGCAAUGACAAGUGAAAUUGUGAGAACAUUUCCGAAAAAAAUACUUUCAUGUGAUAUUUCUGUUUUCAAAGACAUGUGCCCUCAGUACGCCUCGUUUCCAUUUCAUCUCACUUCCGGUCCAUAACAACAUCGAGCUCUCCUCUUCAAAAAGAAAUGUACAAAGGUUUGGCAGAUUUCCGUGAUCUUUUGUACCUCUGAAAUUGCUGAAUAAAAAUGUAUGUUAAAUUA